UCUCUUCCAUACGAUCGAUCGUAUAAAUCCUUUGAAUUCCUGAAAGAACCUUCUAGAACUACGAAACCAACCCUCGCCUUCAUUCCUCCAACUCUAUCCCUCUCUGUUUUGCUCCAUCGCCUUCAAAGCCUUCAUCUUUCAUCUUCUAAAAUUUUGAUUUCGAUUCUAUUUUUCAUCUUUUUUAUAGUUAAUUAGAUUCUGUUUUAAUUAGUUUGGUAGAGGCGUGACUUUCGAUAUGGCUCCGACGUCGGUGGAGCCGAACGGCGGUGAGUCCACAUCCAGCGAGUCAUCCCAUAGAGCUUUACCGACACCAUUUCUGACCAAGACGUAUCAGCUGGUCGAUGAUCCCACAAUCGACGACGUCAUCUCCUGGAACGACGACGGAUCUAGCUUUGUCGUGUGGAACCCCACCGUCUUCGCCAGAGAUUUGCUCCCCAAGUAUUUCAAGCACAACAACUUCUCUAGCUUCGUCAGGCAGCUCAACACCUACGGAUUUAGAAAGGUUAUACCAGACCGUUGGGAAUUCUCGAACGAUUGCUUUCGAAGAGGCGAAAAGCGGCUUCUCUGCGAGAUACAGCGCCGAAGAAUCAUGCCUCCGGCGCCGGCGGUGGCCGUUUCGCCGAUGGCGACGGCAGCGGUGGUUCCGAAUGCGAAACCUAUGAUAUCUCCGUCGAACUCCGGCGAGGAGCAGGUGAUUUCGUCGAGCUCGUCGCCGAUCAGAGCUCCGUCCGAGCUCAUGGACGAGAACGAAAAGCUGAGGAAGGAGAACAUGCAGCUCACCAAGGAACUGGCUGAUGUCAAGUCUCUCUGCAACAACAUCUUCAGCAUGGUCUCGAAUUACGCGUACGCACAAUCGGAAAGCGGUUUCCCAUAUGUGAAACCGCUGGAUUUGAUGCCUGAGAAGCGGUUCUCCGGCGACGGCGAGAAGGAAGAAGAGGAGGCGAGCCCGAAGCUUUUCGGUGUGGCGAUUGGAGCCAAGCGAGCAAGAGAGACCGUCGGCGACGGUGUAGAGGAGGAUGAGACCGGCUUACGACUGCAGCAACCGAGUGGUGGUGGCGACGUUAAAUCAGAGCCGUUAGAUGUGGAUCGUCAGGAAACGCCGUGGCUGAAUCAGCGCCACAUGGCUAAUCAGAGGGUGUGUAAUUAAUUGAUUAUUGAUUAGUUAGCAUUUACGUUUAGAUGUUAGAUGGAAUGGUACUGGAACUGUAUGGGGUGGAAGUUGAAACCCCGUUACUUACAAGGAUAUUGAGGCACGUGUUAAAAAUGGGUUCACGUGCGUCGUCAACCUUUAGGGACCCAUUUCAAGAAAUUUCUUAAGACUUUCUAAACCUUUUUUUAAUGGUUUCUUUUGCUAUUGCA